AUGCAUGAUGGAAAUGCAAAUGAUGUUGAAAUUAACACUCAAACGACACUCUCGUUAAACAGUUUGCAAUGCAUACGAUGCAAGACCACAGGCAUCAAACUAACCAUCAAAUCGAUUAUUUGUUCGGAUAAUACGGAACAAUUUGCAGUAUUAUGGCUGCUAUUUGCGGUAAUAGUCGCCGGCAAUACUGCUGUUCUCGCCGGACUUUUACUAGGAAAACGCAGAAAAUCCCGGAUGGACUUUUUCAUCAAGCAAUUAGCCUUUGCGGAUCUACUAGUCGGUCUAAUAUCUGUACUGACGGACAUAAUCUGGAGAACGACGGUCACAUGGUACGCGGGAAAUGUAGCUUGCAAGCUGAUAAGGUUUAUGCAGGCUGUAGUGACCUACAGCUCGACUUAUGUCCUUGUGGCUCUAUCAAUCGACAGAUACGAUGCUAUUACCCGCCCGAUGAAUUUCUCCGGCAGCUGGUGCAGAGCUCGAGCUUUGGUGGUUACGGCUUGGGUUUUAUCAGCGUUAUUCAGUAUGCCGAUGAUAUUUCUAUACGAAGAGAAACGAAUACAGGGUACGACACAGUGCUGGAUCGAUUUGGGAUCUCCGACCCAAUGGAAGAUCUAUAUGAGUCUGGUGAGUUUCAGUCUCUUUAUCGCGCCCACCCUAAUAAUAGGAGGCUGUUAUACAGUCAUUGUGGUCACAAUAUGGUCACAAGGAGCAGCGCUACGUCAGGGACCGACUAGAGACACUCGCAGGGCAUCCUCAAGAGGUCUCAUCCCCAGGGCGAAAAUCAAAACCGUUAAAAUGACUUUCGUCAUAGUUUUCGUGUUUAUCCUUUGCUGGAGUCCAUACAUAGUCUUCGACCUCCUUCAAGUUUAUGGACAUGUACCAAAAACUCAGACGAAUAUCGCAGUCGCAACUUUCAUACAAAGUUUGACACCGCUCAACUCAGCCGCUAAUCCCAUCAUUUAUUGCCUCUUUAGUACUCCAUUCUGUAAAACCGUACGGAACAUGCAGGCAAUCUCUUGGAUUUCGGGUUGGUGCCCGACAAAUUCGCAUCACUGUUUCGGCAUCGGAACGACGAAUAAUAGUACGAGAACGACCGUAACGACGUCUCUAACAGCCCAGUCCUCUCGCAGAAGCGGGCACUUUACUAUGCUACACUCUACGUCGCGGAAACGCGUCAUGGUCUCCCUGGUCUAGAAUUUACGAUGUCUGAGAUAUUAUCGCAUCAAUUUCUUUGCAGAUUUAUAUUCUACGUAGGACUGGAGUUUUUACAUUUUUAUUUGCUUACCCUAGCAAAUGAUUAGUACAGGGGGAAUAUAACUCAACUUUCUUACGAAUAAUUUCGAAAAAUUUAUUUUUUUGUAGAAAAGUGUUGUACCAAUUUAAAAAUAUAUAAUAAUUAAAUAUAUCAGAGCCAGAACUACAUAAUCAGAUAUAUCAAAGUCCGAACGACAUCUUCUUUAUAAUAAUUUUUGCAAAAAAAUCUAAUAAUGAACAAUUAUAGAAACUUUCUUACUCUUCAAAAUUUUCGAUUUUAUAAUGUACUUACACUAUAAUAUCAUUUGUAUGUACAUGUAUCAUAUUUUUUACAACCGAUUUUCCAUAAUAUUGCAAAAAUCAACUCGUUUUCAA